AUGACAAGACAUAUGGCCAUAGAUUCACAAAAUAUAUUUAACCCCAUAACACCAACGUCCGAUGAUACAAAGAAACAGAAAACAAAGCCUUCAAAGAUUAAUUCUAGCAAACUUGGAAUAAACGAACGGUACCGCAGAUUAAUUCCGUACAUGACGUUUUAUUACGCAAACGAUAUAGCAACACCAUCGACAGUGCCGCAACAAGAAUCUAAGUCCGUAGAAGUUGAGAAAGCAGAAAUAAUUGAGACUGGCAACAUAGUUCCCAGUCAGAGAGAAGAAAGAGUGAUUCAUUCUUAUUUGAGGCAUAAGAAUAUACCGAGGUACCAAGGAAAUCGAUUGACGCAACAUAACAUCGCAUCAGCCAACCCAAAUAAACUUUAUUUUAAGGAAGUUCCGCCGUCAUACUAUCAAUCAAACAAAUUUUCACCCAACUACAAUCCCCUUUUAAUAGAGCAUAAUAUACAAGCAGAGCGAGAAAGGGAGUACGAGAGAUUUAUUGCAAAACCCAUGAAAUCUCCGAGUGCACCAUUCUCACAAGCAACAAGGAAACCAUUUUUAAAUCUCUACCAAAAUGAUGACGCCAAUAUACAAUAUUAUUUGUCGGAUAAAGAACCAGCUCCAAAAUAUAAACUAGUUCCCUACGAACAGACACCACCGGUUAAAAAUGUUCCUCAAUACGAGAGUCUAGAACAUAUCAAUCACUAUAACUUGCCUGUGCAGAGUCCAAAAGAAACUGUUUACAUAAAACCGAAGCCAACACAGCCACAUUAUAUCUAUUAUAAUGAAAAUGAACAAUACAGACCAAAGAAACCACCAACAACUAUAUCGGAGAUGUAUUAUGAAAAACAAACAGCGGUACCACCACAAGAACCUGUGGUCGAAAGUGGUUUUAGGCCAAUAAUAGCUUCUAAGCCUUACACCACUGAAGCACCUCAAUACACACCUGUUUAUCAUCAAGUACCGGUGGAGAGACCGUCAGAAGAAGUCAUAAGAAAACCGAGCUAUCAGUACGUAUUAGAAGAACCAACAUAUAUAUCGAAACCGACGCAUAAUGAAGAUACAAAGACCGUGAGCUUAGCAGAUUUACUAAAUUCGUUACAAAUUAACAAAUCUAUACCCAAACCAAUAACUAAAGAGAACGUAAGUGCUUCAAUAACAACCCUACUACAAGUAUUAAACGCUCUUAAGGCUCAACAAAAUGAAAUUGAAGCACCGGUUUUAAGUACACCAAAAGCUUUCGUUGCCUCGAAAAUACCCGUGAGAACAACACCAAAGCCUAUACACACAACAUUGGAUACUCCACCUCAAAGCGUCGAGUUUGAAGAACCGUACUUGGCGCAAGUAAAUUCACCAUCUCAACAUAUAGACGACUAUCCAUCCAGCGGUAGCAGUCAGCAAUACCCGCAGCCAAUUCAUUCGGAUGAAGAAGGAGGCACACCCGGUCGACCAGGGGUUGACUAUCCUAUUUUGACCGUUAUUCCACCAACCAAAUUUGACUGCAAAACUCAGCGUUAUAAAGGAUUCUUUGCAGACCCUGAAACGAGAUGUCAGGUCUGGCAUUACUGUGAUUUGAACGGCGGACAAGCGUCGUUUUUGUGCCCCAAUGGAACGAUAUUUUCACAAGCGGCCCUUACCUGCGAUUGGUGGUUUAACGUUCGCUGUGCUUCUACAGCUCAGCUCUAUGUACUUAAUGAGAGCCUAUAUAAAUUCAUUUUGCCACAUUCACCGAAAUUCCCAGAAGAUUACAGCGGACCUUUGGUCGAUAAAUACCUAACCCUCAAAUUCAAAGAAAUGGAGGAACAAUUCAAGAAGAACAAAAAUAAGCACACAGCGUCAGAAAAAAUAGAUAAUAGUGAUGAGGACGCUUCCAGUGAGAAUGUUCCAGAAUCGAGCACCGAAAGCAAAGGCGAUAUAGAAGGACGGGCUGUUAAUGAAGGCGGAGUUAUCAUUGAGUCUGCCGGCUCUACUGGUAAUGUUGAGAGGCUGCAAGAAAAAUAA